CCCUACGUUACAGGCGGACUCCCCUAGAGAACACACACUUCUUAUAAACAAACAAACAAACAAACCCUUGAAUCCUCUUUCUUCUACACACACACACACACAUCAAUGGCGUCUGCAAGUUUCGUCAAGCUUAACGCAUCUUCUUCACCGUGGAUCGGUCAACGUUCCUUCAAUCAACGUCCAGGAUCUUCCUCCCGAUCAUCCGCCGCUCGCGUCUCCGUCAUCCGUGCCGGAUCUUACUCCGAAGAACUUGUUCAAACCGCUAAAACAAUUGCAUCACCUGGUCGUGGUAUUCUUGCAAUCGAUGAAUCAAACGCAACUUGUGGUAAAAGAUUAGCAUCGAUCGGAUUAGACAACACCGAAGCCAACCGACAAGCUUACAGACAACUUCUAUUGACCACACCUGGCUUGGGUCAAUACAUCUCCGGUUCCAUCCUCUUUGAGGAAACUCUAUUUCAGUCAACUACAGAUGGAAAGAAAAUGGUUGACUGCUUGCGUGAACAGAACAUUGUUCCCGGAAUCAAAGUUGAUAAGGGUUUGGUUCCACUUCCAGGAUCCAACAAUGAAUCUUGGUGCCAAGGGUUAGAUGGGUUGGCUUCUAGAUCAGCUGAGUAUUACAAUCAAGGAGCCCGUUUUGCCAAGUGGCGAACUGUUGUUAGCAUUCCAUGCGGUCCUUCUGCUUUGGCUGUGAAAGAAGCUGCUUGGGGGCUUGCACGUUAUGCUGCUAUUUCUCAGGACAAUGGGUUGGUGCCAAUAGUCGAGCCCGAGAUCCUUCUCGACGGGGACCACUCAAUCGACACAACACUUGAAGUAGCCGAAAGAGUAUGGUCUGAGGUUUUCUAUUACUUAGCAGAAAACAAUGUUAUGUUUGAAGGAAUUUUGCUUAAGCCGAGCAUGGUUACACCAGGGGCUGACCACAAGGAAAAAGCUGACCCUGAGACCAUUGCUAAAUAUACACUCACCAUGCUCAAGAGGCGGGUCCCACCUGCCGUUCCAGGCAUCAUGUUCUUGUCAGGAGGACAAUCUGAAAUGGAAGCUACACUAAACCUACACGCAAUGAACCAAAGCCCAAACCCGUGGCACGUGUCCUUCUCAUAUGCACGGGCACUUCAAAACUCUGUGCUCAAGGCAUGGCAAGGGCGGCCCGAGAACGUUGAAGCAGCCCAGAAAGCACUUUUGACCCGUGCCAAAGCAAACUCACUGGCCCAACUUGGAAAAUACUCCGCCGAAGGUGAAAGUGAUGAUGCCAAGAAAGGAAUGUUCGUUAAGGGCUACACCUACUAAUUGGGUCGGUUCAGUUUCUACGGUUAUGGAACAAAUUUACGUGCUUAGUUCCCAAAUUUGUUCCGACAUAUGUUUGUAAUUUCGGUUUUGGUUGAAUAAUUUGGUCUGUGAAGAUCAUGAGAAUACUAAGGACUGAGCCUUAAAUAUGUGGUGAGGUAUCUUUUAGAGUUGCAUCAUUGUAGGCAUGUUUUGAAUAGAGUUUCUUUUUUUUUUUUUGGUAAUUUAAUUGGAAAUUUUGUUGUUUGGUUUGAAUCUUGUUUACUCCUUAAGUAUGUGAGCUACAUCUCUUUUUUUUGUUUUUUU